AUGGACCAACCACAGUCUUCUGGCCGGAUCCCAUCUGGUAUCGACACCACCACACUUCAAUCAUCUCUUUUCCCGUCCGGAAGCAGUUCAUUACGAUCUCUGGCCACACUGGCGGUCCCCUGCUACGAUGGAAUUUAUCUCCCAAAGGAAGAAAAUGAGUUUGUGCACCAGGUCUUGGAUGAGCUGGAAGCAUACCAGAAGAGUAGCCCCAAAAUUGUGCUUUUGUUCCCACCACUUCCCAGCAGACUACGAUACCUGAUCCACAAGACCGUCGAGGAACUGACAAAGCUCACCACCUUCUCUGUGGGUGAGAUCUGGUGUCGUCAGGUGGUGGUUUGCCACUCGGAGAUCAGAAGCAAGGCACAAGAAGAAGACGACAGUGAUGCAGAGAGCAACUCCAUCCUGGAUGAAGAGAAUCCUGAAUCCUCAAAUCGAAUCAGAGCACCCAGGAGGCCAGACAAGGCGCUCUACACCCCGAGAGCUGCUCGGCAGAGUCUCCAGAGCCAAAACUCUCAUGCUGUCCAGGAGUCAACAACUUCCGCCUCCAUCAAAGUUGUAUCGAACUUGGGUUCCUCUUCUGAGGGAAAGUCGUCACUUCUAUUAAAAGAUGAGUCCCUUCCCUUUGUGGCAGAUGUCGCCCUCACGGACAACAUAUUACUAGAAGAGAAAGCUAACUCAACAUUGAGUAAUUAUAACGAUGACAUCACGCUAUCCUGUCUGAGUGAAAUGAGCCUGGAGGAUGACGCCUAUGAGAAUGAAGAUGUCGCAUGCCACCUGACUGAAGAGAUCCAGGCAAACUUGAAAGAAGCUGUGACUUUCACCGUGCAGCACGUUCAGAAUGACUACUCCACUUAUGAGAAAGUGCUCCUCAACCCUAAUGAUUUUGGUCACGUUAUCGAGAUCUAUGACUUCCCUGCAAUGUUCAAGACAGAUGAUCUCUUGGACGCCUUCACUGAGUACAGUGACGGUGGAAUGAAGAUCACAUGGGUGGACAACACGCACGCCUUGGGUGUUUUUGCCACUGAAACAGCAGCACUGCAUGCACUCUCCAUCUGCCACCCUCUGCUGAAGGCCCGGACACUGGCUGAAGGCAGUAAAAAGGCCAAAGGCAAGGCCGUUAGCCGAGCAGAGUCAAUCCAGCCGGUGAAGGAGCGUCCGAGGACAGACAGUGCUGUUGCUAGGCGAAUGGUGGCUCGAGCCCUGGGCCUGAAAGGACGAGGACGAGGGCAUCGUUUCUGACCUAAAGUGAUGGCAAAUACAGAUUUUUGAAUUCCGGAAACUGGUGUUUUUCACCACCUGUCAUUCUUGAAGCCGACAACAUACAGUAAACCAAUUGUCUUCAAUCAGGCCAUGGAUGGGGACUACUGCUACUUUGAGUCUUCACGUUCCUAUGUCUCUGUGGUUCCUGUUUUUGUUUUUUCACACAUUAGAAGACUCCAAGAUAUGUAUUCAUCAAGAUCUUAACCGUGGUAACUUUAUUUUUCCUUUUUCUAUUUAGUUUUUGAUGUCACAUUGUCAUCUGUGGAGGUUGAAAAAAAGUAAUGAGCCUAUUUUGACAAAAACGAGAAAGUACAGAUAUUUGUAUGCAGGCUGUAUGUAGGCUCUACAAAUAAACUCAUCAGAAACAUAAAUACACAAGUACAGAUACCUGAACAUCUA